AUGUGCGCUGCCAGGGACUUGAAGUUGUCCGUGAUGUCGGAUGGCCGUAAAGUACCAGUCGGCUACACAGGCCAGUCAAUACCUUUCCACACUGAAUCCUUCGAGGGUCACAUCUUCUUCUCCCACCGACCUCCCAAAGGGAGCAGUGCACCUUGGGCAUUUCGUGAACGCCUUGAAGGAUACGGAUCUCCAGAUUGGCUUUGGGAGGUUCAGCUCCAUGGCCGCUUCUUGAAGACUCCAACAGGGCCGAUUUGGCUAAGGGGAGAACUACGAGACAGCCCGAUGCAGUUAGGCUUGGUGUCUCGAGCCUUGUGUCGCGGAAUCUUGAAGUUUGCCCGGAUGAUGGCACAGCGUCGUGGUGGCGAUAUUUGCUAUGCUUUUGGAGAUGAGGCCAGAAAAAAUCCAUCGAUCUCAUUGCCCAUUAUGCUGUUGGAUCGCCUGUUUGUAGCAGAUCGCAGUCAUCCUCUACCUGUAGGGGAUCCAGAUGACCCAAAGGGGACUUGGCGCCUCAUCGACGGCAAAUGGGAGUCCAUUGAACGCAGCGAAGUGAAGUUCGAUACCGAGACCUACGUUACAGUGGUUUUGGCUACCAGCUAUAUCGAUUGGACCAACUGGCAACUUGCCUCAAUUCCAGGGCUGGGGACUCUCUCGUUGGAGACCUUCUGGGGCGAGCAGGGCGCUUGGAUUGCACUUUGCGAAUUGGAACCUGACGAAUCCAUCAGGCACUACUUUCUCGAAGCAAAUCUGGAAUCGAUCAAGGGUGCGACAUUUUCUCCAAGAUCCUCGACUGUCUACAACGAAGAUGAUGCCGAGAGGGCACAAGAAGAACUCAUUCCGGUGUCAGAUGAAGACCAUACCAAGGCACUCGGGGAACCCAGCAGCGAAGAAGAAGAAGCUCCGUUGGUUCGCCAGAGGACUCCGUACGACUCAUCUGACAUUGACGAAGAGGAUCUCUCAGAGACAGUCCCGAUGGAGCGGGAAUGGAUCCGCCCACCAGAAGAUGGAGAAGCAGGAGUCAAUGGCACCAACGGUAUCUUUUUUGCAGAGGAAGCAUCUCGUGCCAAAGAGAUUGAGAUGGCUUUGGAUGCUCCAGAUGUUGGUGGGCUUCGUCAUAGCCUUUCUGGUGACUUGUUGGCAAUGGAGGAAGAUGAGGAUGUAUCCCCACAGCCAGAUCAAGUCCCUCGGCGAAUCUCUCGGAGAACGGUGAUGACCUUGAAGCUGCCUUGGUACUUGCGUACUAGCAGUGGGCAACUUUGGUGGUGCAUUUCCGUGGAGGGCUGGCCACUUUGCUGGCGACGUGACCAUCAAAUAAGCCGUCUUUGUGAGGCGGUGGAGCCUGGGAAGGCUCAGCUCUUACGAUCCGGUACUAGCAUUCAGGACAUGGAAACAGCUCGUCGACGUGCCACAGCUCUAUUGUCGGAGUUGGACCCAUCUCUCCUAGAUGAGUUCAUAAGGCAGGACGUGGGCUUGACAAAGCUUCUGGCCUCCAUCGACUCAGGUUGGGUGGGAGUGGUGGAAAGCGAGGGCCGCAUUGUUGAGAGGAAGGUUUCCUUGAGCGAGGCACGCACAAGUGAUGCUGUGCUCCGCACUGGAGCACAGGUGGUCUCGAAGAGCGCAGUGCUGCGCUCGGCUGCAGAUGCUGCUGGUCGAGGUGGGUUCCUCAGCGACUUGGGUUCUAAAGAAGAUGCGCCUCUGGCCCUCCGCUGGAAGAGUGACACUGGCAGCCGAUCGUGGAUGGACAGGCCUCAAGCCUACUUUUCGGAGGAUUUUUUCGUUGAACUAAGCCGUGCGACUGCUUCAAGGACCACUGUGGCAGACGCGCCUGCUGUGACAGUCACCACGCCACAACGUCAAUUUGUCUUUCUGAUGAGGUCACCGGAAGAUGCAGACAAAUGGGUCACAACGUUGAAAACGCAUAGCAAUGACAGCCCAGCGGUGAUUCUUUCUCCAAUGAAAGACAGGCUAAGGCGGUGGCCUUUCCACCGCUUGGUUUGCAAUGACUUUGAGCUGUCUCUUGACGACGUCAAGGACCCCGUUGCUUUGUCUGCACAGCUUCUUCGUUUAGCUGUGAGCUCCCAGGGCAGCUUGUCCGCGGAAGAAUUGCAGCCCCUAACUAGCUUGAGCUGCAAGCUGAAGUGUUUGGACUUGACCCCGCUCGAGCCGCAGGAUCUCUGGAGCUUUUGGGUGAAUGUCUAUCACAGCUUGCUGGUGCAUGCUCGUGUCCUUUGCGGGAGGCCCCGAAGCGUCAGGCAUUUGAUCUCCUUCUACAACAAUUGCUCGUAUUUAGUGGCUGGCCACAUUUUUUCCCUCGCCGAAAUGGAGCAUCUUGUACUACGCAGCCAGAUGGCAAAGGCCUCUGCGCGCUUGAUGAAUUUGCUCGUGCAGGUUUGGCGAAGAGAUGACCGAGAGUUUGAGGAGCGCCCAACCUUCCGGGCUCCCUACCAACCGAGCUCCAAUUUUCGAUGCCGCCCAGACUGGCGUCUGAAUCUAGUCCUUUGCAGUGGCAACUUGGCCAGCAGCUCCAAGAUUCCAGUUUUUGAGCAGCUGUCCGCAGAAGCCUUUGAUGCCUUGAUGGCCAAAGCCAUGAAGCACUACCUGGGUGUUGCUGGUCGACUUGACAAGCGACCAAUGCAACUUCCGUAUGUUCUGUACCGCUUUCGGCAAGAUGCACCUGGAUCACCCACAGACGGGUACGACAAACGAUGGGCCAACGCCCUCUCCCCCAUUCUGGGAGACGUCGACCGCAUUGCAUAUCGCAACUCCUACAAUUGGACUAUGCGAGAGAGACUAGAUUUGCUGUAG